AUGAGUUCCGAUGCAUUAACCGAAGAAGAGCGUUUACUUAUUGAAGCUAAACGAAGAAAAGCUCUUGAGUCCCGUAACCGAAAUAUAGCAGGCGGACCUGUUAGUUCAGUGCCUGCAGUUCAUAAACAGAAUGUGGUUGCUAAACAGCCUUUAUGUUAUCAAGGUGGUUAUGGUAGUACGCAAGCUGGAAAGGUAGACGAUUUUGUACAUAUGGCUAGAAGUUGGGUGAAUUCUGGUAAACCGACAACUGUGAAGACAACUGAAAAUUUAGUCAAGCAACAAACUUUUCAAGCCAAACCGAAUUUCCUACCUAAGUCCAGUACAAAUUCUUUUCCUUCGAGAACUCAGUCUACUCCUAAUGAUGCAUUCAGACCGAAGACCAGCUUAGUUAAUGUACUAUGUACACUGUGCUCUCCCAAUAGAUUUGAAGUGCAUGCCAGAUAUCAUGUUGGAUUAACACAACUAUUCAAAUCUAUGGAUUCUAAACAGUAUGAUUCUCAGACAAGGAGAUGGUCAUUUGACUUAUCAGAAUAUAAUGAAUUCGUGAAAAAGGUCAAUGAUAUUGAUGAAUUACACUUGGAAGAACUUCCAUAUGCUGUUCUUAAAAUAUUUCGUAGACGAAUUUCAAUGAAUUUUGGAACAGAUGACUUGAAAGAUAAUGAGAACAAUGAUGAAAUCGAUCAUUGUACACUGAAGGAUAGAAUACCAGAUGAUCUAUUGUCAACAUUAUUUCCAUUUCAGAAAGAUGGUGUAUGUUUAGCUUUGAAGCGAUCCGGUCGUGUUUUACUGGCAGAUGAUAUGGGCUUAGGCAAAACCAUUCAAUCGUUAGCUAUUGCAUCAGCUUAUUAUUCUGAAUGGCCAUUGUUAAUUAUUACACCAUCAUCUGUUAGAUUUUCAUGGAGAGAUCAAAUUAUUCGUUGGCUUGGCAAACCACUUAAUUUAAAUUUAACACAUAUAACAGUUGUUAAUUCAGGUAAAGAUAUUAUGGAUGAUUGGGAUUCGUUUAAUUCAUCACCAAUCACUAUAAUUAGUUAUGAUUUAAUGAGUCGUUAUGGCAAAGAAUUAUUGAAACGGCGGUAUGGUGUUGUUAUUGCUGAUGAAUCUCAUUUCAUAAAAAAUAUUAAAGCUGCUAGGACUAAAGCUGCGACUCCAAUUCUUAAGUGGGCUAAAAGAGUUUUACUCUUAUCUGGAACACCUGCUAUGUCAAGACCGGCUGAGUUAUUCCCUCAAAUUUCUGCAAUUUCUCCAAAUCUUUUCCAAGGUGGAUUUCAUGAAUUUGGACUACGAUAUUGUUCAGCAAAAGAAUGUCCUUGGGGAUGGGAUUAUUCAGGUUGUUCCAAUAUGACUGAACUACAAUUGGUCUUGGAAAGAUCAAUCAUGAUAAGACGAGUUAAAGCUGAUGUUUUAUCACAAUUACCGGCUAAACGUCGUGAAUUAGUUGUUCUAGAUCCAAGUAUAAUUAAAAAAGGAAGCCUGGGUAGACAUGCUAAAACAAUGUUAACUGAUAAAUUAUCCAGUAAAGAGAAACGUUCUGCUCUAUUUGAAUAUUUCCAUGCAACUGGUUCAGUAAAACUUCCAGCUAUAGAACAAUAUGUUUUAGAUAUAAUCGAAUGUGGUCACAAAUUCCUACUUUUCGCACAUCAUACAGACGUCCUAGAUAGUCUCGAUAAAUUACUGUCAGAAAAAUCUAUACGUUUUAUUCGUAUUGACGGUCGUACAAAUUCAGAACAAAGGUCUGUUGUUUGUCAAAUAUUUCAAAAUGAGGACGAUUGUCGUGUUGCAUUGCUUUCAAUUACUGCAGCUGGGACAGGUCUUCAUUUAACUGCAGCCAAUUUAGUUAUAUUUGCUGAAUUAUUUUGGAAUCCUGGUGUAUUAGUUCAAGCUGAAGAUAGGGCAUAUCGAAUUGGUCAAAUGGAUUCUGUGUUAAUACGUUAUUUAAUUGCAGAACAAACUGCAGAUGAUUUCAUUUGGCCUCUUGUGGAACGUAAACUUGAAGUGUUGUCCAAAGCUGGCUUAAAUCGAGAAACAUUUCGAAUGACUGAUUCUACAACAAGACUUGGUUCUAAUAAACUUGAACAACAAAAAAUUCUAGAUUAUUUCAAAGAAGAAUUGAAUGAUUUUGAAGAAUGGGAAAAUUUUGAUACUGUAUCAUCAGUAAUCAAUGAAGAAAGUAGCGAUACUCACUCUCAAAAUGAUAAGAAAAUUGACAAUAAUAAUGAUCAUCAGAAUAAAGUUAAAUCUAAGAAUGAAUCUUUAUUGAAUCAAAUUCAUUCGACUGAACCAAAAAUGACCACUAGUUUAUUUAGAUCAAAAUCACAAUCAUCUGUGAUUAACAAUACUACUCCUAAUAAAAAUAAUCCAAGAAAACGUCUCCUUGUUCCAUCAUCACCUGAGUCGAAUCAUUCAGAGAUAUUUUCAAAUGAACUCAAUGAUAAUAUUGAUGAAGAUGAUUUAAUUUGGGCUGAUGACGAUGAUGAUGAUUUUGUUGAACAAAUCGAUGAAUCGGAUAUAACCGAUAAUAAUAUUGAAGAAUUUUCCGGAAAUGAUGAAUAUUUAUUAUCAGAAGCUGUUAAAAUUGCUGAAGCCGCUGAAGUUGAUUGGCUUACAGAAGGUCUUAUCAAAGAAGAUACAGAUGAUAUUGAAAUAAAUCAAUGA